UUGUCACCCCGGCCUAACCUCGCCUGACCCCUAUCACCUCCCAACACCUUAAUUCCCAAACAAACCGACCGUAGGUGUGGCUUUCUCCCUCGCUUGACAAUCCAACCCGCCCAAGACCUGUGGUGAUUGAAUUGAACUCCCACAGACGCCGUUCAUCUUAGUUAUACGAGUUGGGGCCGACUCGUCCAGUUUUGGACAAAGAUGGAAGGAGAGAACAAAAACAAAGAUGCCGUUGAAUCCCCAACUAAUUCACAACAAACGGUUUCAGAUGAUGAUGUAAUAGACUAUUCUAUCAAACCAGAGUUCUAUGAUUCAGAUCUUGAUGAGAAAGAUGAAAAAUGGGCUAACAAGCAGAGAAGAGGAUCUAAUACUGAUGCUGUACUUAGCUGUCCAGCUUGUUUCACGACCCUCUGUUUGGAGUGUCAAAGACAUGAAAAAUAUUUAACCCAAUACAGGGCGGUUUUUGUUCGCAACUGCAAGAUUGUGCGUGGAGAAGUACGGCAAAUAAGUCUAAACCAGAGAAGAGGCAAAAGGAAGAGAGAUUCUGGUGGGAGCGAACCCAGUUCUGCUCGUGCUGAAACAUUCAAGAAAGUCUGCUGCUCAGUUUGCUCGACUGAAGUUGGAGUUAUUGACGAAGAGGAGGUUUAUCAUUUCUUCGAUGUUCUUCCCAGCGAGUCUUGAGCUGUACAUUCUCUUUGAUUAUGUAAUGGAAUGAUUUGUAAGUUCUACAUGAAUCACAACGUUGUAGUUCAUGUUCUUUCAGCAGGUCAAUGACACUACUACUACAUUGUUAUUUCC